AUGGUGCGAACACUGAACGAACCCCUUCCCACUCCUAUCCGACCUACAGCCAUCGCAUCUUCAUCUACGGUCCACAACAAUGCUGGCCCGUCCACAACGUCCCGGAUCCCCGUGAGAUCAACAACGACCAAAGGAACGUCAAUACCUUUACCCCGUCCCUCUACCGUCAAAAAGCGGCCUAUCCUCGGCGAGCGCGGCGACAACACCUCUAUCCCUCUCCCCAUCUCAGACUUGGCCAAGCGUAAAGCGCGCCCAUCACGGAUCAUCAUCAACCCCAUCCCAUCCACAUCAACCGCGGCGCAACCCCCUCUUUCCCGCUCGACAUCCGGGGCGUCCUCAAUACGCGCUCCAUUUGCCGCCGCAUCUCCUACUCUCCCUCGCAUCUCAAGGCCGUCAUUUGCUCGCCUGGAUGCAGGGAUGGACGGGGAUGUGACGCAAUUGCUGGACUACAGACCGUCGAGCCCGGUAGGCGGGAUUGAGGACGACUGGUUUAGCGGCGCAGAGGAGGUGGGUAACGUCACGGCGGGACGGACACCAAUGCCGAGGAAGAGCGCUGGUGGAUGGGGCCGAGCAGUAGAAGGGACAGGAAGAAUGAUGACUCCGAUGAACAGCCAGGAGCUCCCGGUCACGAUAUCAUCGGUCAACGCUUCGCAAUCCAAGCGCAGCACCGUAUCUCGCCUACCCACGCCUCCCUCCUCUCAGCCUUCUGAGGUCGUCCUUACUCCGCAACGUCCGUCUCCUGCUUCCCGCCGUCGCGCUCGGCCAAGCCCUACCCCUCCCCGGCAGACCUCUGCCGGACCAUCUAACAUCGUCUUCAAAAUCGCCCAACCCUCGCCCAAUCCCCGGACCAGAAAGAAUCCCCGGCUUUCCUCAAACAAGGAUGUCGAUACUUCUCGCGGAUCCACUACGCCAGCCAGAGAUAGUGAGCCCGCUCAACCCGUAUCCACCGUGGCAUCUCGGCGGAAGAGCAAAGCCAGGGCAUCGGCUUCCGCGCCUGGCUAUCAGCUCGGCUUCUCGCAGGCAACUCCAGGUCCGUCGAAGCUCAAGGCCGCGUCUCAGCCUGUCAUCUCCUCCUUCCGCGAUACUCCCCCCAUCGAACCCUUUGCUAGCUCAUCCCAGCCAUCAUCCCGCCGUAAAUCGGUCGCUUCCACCAAGAAGCGCUCGCCCAAGCCUCGGGCGCGAAAGUCCCGCUCGACAACCCCUCCGUCCGCUCUGGCUCGCUAUGCCGGCGUCGAUCCUCGGCGGAAAUCCUUCACGCCCGCGGCGCUUCGGAAGGUCAUUGGGCGGGAUAUAGAUAUUGGCGCAGGCAUUGAGGAAGGGGAGUCCACACCAGGGGACGAUCCUCUUUUGCUCAAGCCUUCGUAUGAGGGUGAGAGCGAUACCGAAGUGGACGAGGAAGACGAGCAGACUGGAGAAGGUCGAUCAUUGCUUGGACGGAGUAUCAGGGCAUUGCAAUCGCAUCCGGAACCUCGGUCCAUGACAAUGGGCAAAGGCAAGGGCAAGGCGCGAGCAAGCCUUUCCGCUCCUGAUCUGAGCGCGUCAACGCGAUCAAAACUACCCGGUACCGGCUCGAGAACGGUCACCACCUCCUUUCCUUUCCUGCCCUAUACGAACGCACCCGCGCCUCCUCGGCUCGUGCCCGAAUGGGUGCCGCGCACGAUGAAGAAGAAGAAGGUCGAGCUGGACUAUGAUCUCCCCGGACCUUCCGGGCAGAAGGACGCGGAGGAUGACGCGCAGUCAUUCGACUAUGAGGCGGGCGGGUACGCGGAUGGGUUCGGCAGCGAUGCUGGCUCGGACUUUGGUGGAUAUGCCGGGGAUGAUACGUUUAUGAACAUCUUGACGAGGCGGGAUGCGGAGGGAGUAAACGGGGACGGGGAUGGGAGAGACAGAACGCCGGAGCAGGAGGAAGAGGAGGGGGGAUUGAGCCUUCUCAAUACCCCGGCGGCGUAUCGUCAGACUCCGGACCAAUCGCCAGACAUCCACCUCGAUAACGGGAGAACAUCGACCACACCUCGCUCGCCGCUAUCCCCUAUUUCGCCACUCCACGACCAGAGCUUCUCGGUCGACCGGCUCCCAUCCCCGCCGGCAGCUCCUUCGCCCUCGCCCUCUUCCGCGCUAAGUCGACAGAACGACCCUCACACGGCCGAAGAUGCCGACGUCGAGAUACCAGAGCGUCAUGUCUCUCCAUACCACCAGGACGACUUGGAUGAGGCCAUUCAGGAAGUCUUCGGGGCGGACGCAGAUGCAGCGGACGAUCUGCCAGACCACUUCGAGCAAGGUCCAGCCGAUGAGUCACCCCUCGAUGAGCCGGCUGGAGAUCUGCCUGACGAGGACACCGCGGAGGAGAUGGACACGACGGUGGAGGCGGACUUGUCGGCGGAGGAGUGCGAUACCACUGUAGAGGCGGACGUCACUGGUGCUACUCUCGACGGCGCCCCGGAGGUCUGGGACGAGUCUGCUGACUCGGUCACAGGACCACUGGGUGGACGGGGACCCGAUGAUAUGGAGGAGGACGAGGAGGAGAGCAUGGAGGUGCUGGCAGAGGAAGAAGAGGCGGCUGGACACCAGGCUGUCGACGAGGCGCAUCAUAUCAAAGAGGGAUACGAGGAGGUCAUGGCUCAGCCGGCUCAUGAGUCGGGCUAUCUGGGACUCGAGCUCGGGUUGCCUGCCGGAGCAGACGACCAUGGACUGAUUGAGCGGGUUACAGUCAACUUGAUCCAACAUACCACAGUCUCCGUGACCUCCCUUUUUUCCGUUGCCCGUACUGUCGAGCAAUCACCCACCGUUGCCCCAACCCCAGAUCUCUCGCCUCUGGCAUCACCCCCGCUCUCCCCUAUCCGUAUAUCCGACGCUCCCGUCUCCUUCAGUCCCGGCCGUCAUGCUCUCCACCUUUCCCCUGUCGUCGCCCAAAUCCCGCGUCCGCUCCAUGUGGCGGUUGUCCGACCCUCUUCACCCAUCGCCCCUCACUCAACCCGCGCUUCUCCUAGCGUGGCCCAUUCGUCUCCUUCCGCCGGCCACGUCUCGGCGGACGCGGCGGACGAAGGCGACUUGACGGUGGAUGCUAUAGAGAAGGGGUGGGAGAGUGACGAGAGUAUGGUGGCCGUGAAAGAGGCGGACGAGAGAAUGGCGGAUCAGGAAGGGGAGGAAGAGGAGGUCAGCGGGCUCAUCGACGAGGAGAACGAGGCGGGCGCGAAGGUGAACGCCAUCGAAGCAGAGGCAUCGGCGGCACAGCUCUCGUCUGAGCAGCCCGGCCAAGGGGAGGUGGACCUCGGCGCUGGCCGACCAGCGGAACAUGACGACACCGGUUCCACGCCCGAGCCGAACUCACCGUGUAUCUCCGCGGCUGCCGAACAGUCAUCGCCGAUGGUCAGCCAGUCCAUACUCGCUCACUCUGCGGUCGGUAGCAAUGAUGCCAGACAGCCAGCUUCGCCGCUUCCUCCAACUGAGACGGAGCAGGAACGGCCGGACAGUCAGUCGGCCUCGGCCAGCUCGCCCCAGGUCCCUCCCCCGAGCGGCGCGGACGGGGAGAAGAUCAUUCUGAAGCUGAUCACUACCAUCGUCAAGGUCGAGCCGGAGGCGGAAGAGGUGGAUGAAGAAGAGUCGGAGGGCGAGACUAUGUCUGAGGAGAUGUCGGAUGAGGGGGAGGAGCAAGACGAUGAGGAGCCGGAGCAUGAUGACGAGAGCACAUCAGGGGCCGAAGGGGAGUUUGACGCCGAGGAGAUAAGCUUGAAUGAUGUCGGUGGAGGGUUUGAGAGGGUGCCUACCAGGUCGCCAACCGCGGACACGGAUCCGGAACCCUCAACACCCGACGCUGAGGUCUCUCAGCCAUCGAAUCUCGAUGCUCCAACGGCCCCGACGACCCAGACCGUACCCUUGACCCCUCGGCGCGCGAACGCACCACUCAGCACCACACCGCUCAUCUCGCCACCCCUGUCCAUGAUCGCCACUCAUCACUCCAACAGUCCGGCUCGGCGGCAACCAAGCGAGGCUCCUGUUCCACAAUCCUACCAAGUCGCGUCCCCUCGUCGAAUGCGCUCCCCAGCGCCUGCAGCGGGACCUUCCUCCGCGACUACCGAUCUCAUGAUCCGUCGACCAAGCGCCAACUCUAUCCGUCCGUCCGGUCUGAGCCAUCAGAUUACGGGCGACACACCAGAAGCCUCUCCCGCCCGUCCCAUCGCCUCUUCUUCGGUAUCAGCAAUCCAGCCGGAAUCAUCCACUUCCGGUUCACGUCAGCUGGACGAAUCACCUUUCCUCGACGAAGGUGUCUCUGUCCGCUCUGCUGGCAGGUCGUUGUUGGCUGAGAUGGCUCGGGCUGGCGGCAGAGGGAAAGAGAAGGAAUUGAGGGGUGUGGUGGAGGUUUCUUCGCUGGACCCGAGAGCUGCUGCUCGGGCUGCUGCUAUUCUAAAGAUGAACCACAACUACAUCGAACAUGGUAUCCUCCCUUCCUCGUCCGCUUCUCCACCUCUCGAUCAAUCUCGCGCAUCACGAUCCGCUAGCCCCAACAAGGCGGCCUCGCGGCGUAAAUCCUAUACCUCGCAGCACUUUGAGUCGGUCGCUUCGGCGCGGAUGCUUACCGCCGAGGAGCUGCUCAACGAGGCGGAGCUCGAAAUCGUCAUCAACGAGCCGGAAAGAGCGUCCAUGCCGGGUCGACGCAGGCGGGAGGGGACUGCAUCCUCUGCCAUUUCGGGUGUAUCGGGUUUGACGGACAUGCCUGUCCCUGGUGGCUGGGUGCGGACUCCCAAGCGGAAGCGCAGCCGCCAACCUGCCGUGUCUGAACACUCAGAAGGAGUCGCUCCAGGUGCAUCAGGGUCAGAGAGGGCAUGGGGGAUCGCAGAGUGGAAGCGGCUCGAAAGCGUCUACAAGGCGGAGAAAGAGGCGUGGGUCAAGGAGCGCGAGGUCAAGGCGAUGCCAGGCGGGCUGAUGUCAUGGGCUAGGAGAUCGACGGGGAUUGGAACGCCGACGGGCGAAGUGAAGGAAUGGGAUGAGGGAAGGGUGGUCAGGCGAUUCUUGGAGUCUGAAGGGGUGGCGAAUGGUCCAGCUUGGGAAGAGGACGUCAUCACUCUCCGUGUUCAGGCGCUGGAGCGACGAGUGGCCAGUAAAUCCGCUUCGACCGAAAGGACCGUCACUCCCGAGUCGCCUAAGAAACGCACGAAGCUGGCAGUGCCCGCAGACACGCCACAACGACUCACCUUUGGACAGGCUACCGCCGCGCCCCCGAGCACCAUGAAGCGCGUAUUUGGCUGGGUCUGGGGGUCUGGCUCUGGCUCAACGGACAGUGCGCCCGAAGAUCUCGUCUCCGAGACGAGUGGGCCGCGGGAUAAGGGCAAGGCGAGACAGGAAGGGGAACGACCGGCGGACAACUCAUCCUUCACCCUCGGUCGGCCGAUCUUACCGGUAGCCAUUCCUCGCGCGCCGGUACCGACUAUGAAGCAGGUCGUCAGCAAGCCUACUUCGUUGACCAUUCCACCGCCACCUAGGUCUACUUUGCCCCGAAUGACCGGCCGUCCUGCCGAGAUUUCCACCUCGUCCGCUCAAUCGAUCAACGUGGCCAGCUCAAGGGAGACGAGUCAGCCUGGGUCGGCGCUCUCUCGACCUGCUGAGGCAGCUGUACCGGCCCGGUCUUCAUUCUCAGCAGCGGAUACGAGCGGGAACAUGUCCACUCUCGGCCUAUCUACCUCCUCCAGCGCUACAUCCGGUACCUUCCCUCCCAUCACCCCUCGGAUCUACCCCUCACUCAAUCAAUCCAUAUCUCAGCGGUCUGCAGCUAUCAAAGCUCUCUUCCCCUCCAUCCAUCCCCUCGGCGAUUCCACGUCAUCUACAUCGUCCAAUGCCUCCACGGCCGCCAACACUACUACCGGCAGCGGGCGGGACACAUCCUUCUCUCGCCCCAUCUCCAUUCCGGGCUUGGCGAAGAAAACGAGUGUCAAGGACCUAGCAAAGAGUUUCCAGGAGAAGGGAGUGCUGGAGAAUGCACUGAGGCGGGUGCCGAGCGGCCAAGGGGAGCUGGAGGCGCUAAAGAGGGUCAUGAGUAGGGAGCGGAGAUGA